GUGACCGGAGGCCUCCAUCGCCUGGCCCAGACGGUGGGUGCCUUGCAAAAAGACACCUCGCAGGCCAUUGAUGCUUCGGACAGCCUCAAAUCUCUUGCCCAGAAGAUGGAAAAGCUCCAGGUGAAGGCAAAGUCGUUCAAUGUGUCUGGCAGCAUCGACAAGUUGGCCAGCCAUUUGAACGCCCUGCAGGAUGAAUCCGCUGGCUUCAACGUGACAGCGAGCAUCACAGGCAUCAACAAAUUAGGCGGAAGAAUGAACCAGCUGCAGGAAGAGGCACAAGCCGCGAACGUUGGAAAAAACUUGAGCAAAGUAGCCCAUCAGCUGCAGAGACUGAGUCUUCGACCACCUGGCGUCUCCACUCAGGCCCUUCCAAGCCCGGCUUUCCAGUUGGGUGCACCGCUUGCAGCCCCCGCUCCGGUACCAGCCUUCACCACGCCCGUUGCCACGGUUGCUACGGAGUCACCAGCGGUAGCGGCUUUGACCAUAGCAGGGAUGCAAGGGGGAUCUUUCAACAGCGACCGAGAUUUAGAAGGAGACAAGCCAAUCUCCAAGUGGCGAGAAACGAGCAUGAGCCAAGAGGAAUUGCAGCAGCUGCUCCAAAAGCUACCGCCUCUGAAUGUGGAGACCAUGACGCGGGUGCUCAGAACAAUCUUUCUCUGGACUUCUUGGAUACAUGAAGAUGUCGGACAUGCGUGGGCCUCCUUCGUUUACAAUCCCAUUCACACACCUGGCUUUGUGCCAGAGGAUGGACGAGGAAUUCCCUCGCCGGCGCUCGUCUAUAGGGUGGCCAUGUUUCGGAACUUCGUGGCGUUGGAGAGGAAUAAGUUGGUGGAUCCCAUAGACAGCAAGAUGUUCUCCACCACCAUUUGCAACCCGGUGGUGGGGCCUUACUCCUGGACCUCCUGUCAGAACGAAGUGGAUGGAGUUCUCGCCAAUGCCUUCACAACUUUCCAGAAGAAACUCAGGCAGUUGGGGCAACAAGAAGUCUUCGCUGAGUUCGCGCAGCACGGUCUUUUCAGUCGGGUAGACGAUGUGGAAUCCUCCGCAUCGAGUUGAGCUGGGGGUGUCCCUGAUCGAUACUAAUCCAUCCCCC